AUGGAAACAAUUCCACAAAGCGAACCAACCAUCCAUGGUAACAUUCCCGGAAAACCACAGUUUCCCCCAAUGGCCCCCACCAUGGCGCCUCACCGAAUGGCCCAUAUGGGGGACAAACCAUUCCAUGCUGAGAUCUAUGGCAACCAGUUCAUGCAAAGCUACUAUCUGCAAACUCAUGGCUUAAUGCAUACAAACCAGAAGCUAUUCCACCCGGACAUUUAUGGAAAGCAGUUUGCACAGAACUGUUAUCUUCAGACUACCACCCAUGAUAGAAUGCACACACCGACCAUUGAGAAACCUCCUCAAGCUAGUCCACCAGUUUGCCAGAAACCUCCCCCACCAACAUCAACACCCAAUACACCGGCCCCAACGCCCCCUAUUCUUAACAACAGCACUCCCACACCCAAAAUUAUACCAACAAUUAUACCCAAAACAGAACCACCCGUGAAGCAGUUCCAGUGUGAUUCUUGCCCAAAGCAGUUUGCUCGCCGGAACACACUCCAGCUUCAUCAACGGCUACAUACAGGGGAAAAAUUGUACCACUGCCAUUUCUGCGAUAAGCAAUUCAUUCACCGCGAUAAGCUACAGAUCCAUGAGAGGAUCCACACAGGAGAGAAACCGUUCCACUGCGAGUUCUGCCCAAAGCAGUUCUCUCGCAAGGACAAGCUGAAAAUUCACCGCAGCAUACACACAGGGGAGCGCCCAUUUCGCUGUACGCUCUGUGAAAAGCAGUUUGUCCAGAAGAACAAGUUGAAGAUCCACCAGCGGAUCCACACUGGCGAGAAGCCGUUCCACUGUGAGUUCUGCUCAAAGCAAUUUUCCCGAGGUGACAAGCUGCAGCUGCAUCGGAGGACGCACACUGGAGAGAAGCUCUUCCACUGCAGCUACUGUUCCAAGCAGUUUGUCCAGAAGGACAAACUGCUAAUCCAUGAGAGGACACACACUGGAGAAAAACCGUUCCACUGCGACAUGUGCUCCAAACAGUUUGCCCGCAGUGAUCGUCUGCAGAUACACCGCAAGACACACACAGGUGAAAAGCCAUUCCGCUGCGACCUCUGCCCCAAGCAGUUUGUGCAGCGUUGCUAUCUAAAAAUCCAUAGGCGCAUCCAUACUGGCGAAAAACCCUUCCACUGUGAGCUGUGUCCAAAGCAGUUUGCCCGUAAAGACAAGCUGCAGAUCCAUAUACGCAGCCACACUGGUGAGAAGCCAUUCCAUUGCGACCUUUGUACAGAGCAAUUUGUACGGAAAGCACAGCUGCAGGCCCACAAGAAACAUGUACAUGCAACAGCAAUGGAGAAACCAUUCCAUUGUGACAUUUGCAUGCAGCAGUUUGCUGAACGAGAUGAAUUACAAAUUCACCGACGAACGCACUUGCCUAGUGCACCUUUGCAGUGUGACCUCUGUCCAAAGCAGUUUGCCACCAUAGAGGAAAUGCAGAACCAUAGAAGAGCGCAUAAAGCCGUGAGGAAUAAUUUCCUGAAGCCGACGUCGUGCAAGAAUAUUAAAGAGUACACACCAAUGAGCACCCUGCUGUGGCAGACCAUCUACCCUGGUCUGUAG